GUUGCGUCCGCUCGUUUGGCGCGAAAGUCGGUUCCUGGUCUUGGCCCUUCCGGGUACUGCAGCGUUAACCUCGGGCUGGGGGCGCCGCCGAGGGCGGGGGCUGCGCGCCGGGCUGGCGCCCGACCCCAGCCGCCGUCCUGCCGGCCGCGCGCCUCCCGACUUGGUGCCCGUGGGCCCUCGGGCUCCACCUAGUUCAGCUAUGUCCAGAAAUGACCAAGAGCCGUUUUUUGUGAAGUUUUUAAAGUCUUCGGACAAUUCAGAAUGUUUUUUUAAAGCCCUUGAGUCAAUAAAGGAGUUACAAUCAGAAGAGUAUCUUCAGGUUAUUACCGAUGAGGAAGCAUUGAGGAUUAAAGAGAAUGACAAAUCGCUUUAUAUCUGUGACCGUUUCAGUGGCACGGCUUUUGAUCACCUUAAACAGCUUGGCUGCAGAAUUGUUGGUCCUCAAGUAGUCACAUUUUGUAUGCGCCACCAGCAGUGUGUCCCAAGAGCUGAACAUCCAGUUUACAAUAUGAUUAUGUCUGACAUAACUAUAUCUUGUACAAGCCUGGAUAAAGACAAGAGGGAAGAAGUUCAUAAAUACGUACAAAUGAUGGGUGGACGAGUAUACAGAGACCUUAAUGUCUCAGUCACUCACCUUAUUGCAGGAGAAGUUGGGAGCAAAAAAUACUUAGUUGCUGCUAAUCUGAAGAAACCUAUUUUGCUUCCUGCUUGGAUUAAAACACUUUGGGAGAAGUCACAAGAAAAAAAAAUAACCAAAUACACUGAUGUAAACAUGGAAGACUUUAAGUGUCCUAUUUUUCUUGGUUGCAUUAUCUGUGUGACUGGCUUAAAUGGUAUACACAGGAAGACAGUCCAGCAGCUCACAGCUAAGCAUGGAGGCCAGUACAUGGGGCAGCUGAAGAUGAACGAGUGCACACACCUCAUUGUGCAGGAACCAAAAGGACAAAAAUAUGAAUGUGCCAGGAGAUGGAAUGUGCACUGUGUGACCCUGCAAUGGUUCCAUGACAGUAUUGAGAAAGGCUUUUGUCAGGAUGAGUCUAUAUACAAGGCCGAACCCAGAGCAGCGGUAAAGACGGUGCCUGAUACUUCCACUCCCACUGCUCAGAGCAGCAGUGCUGCAGCUGAAAAUCACAGGCUGGCAGAUGUCAGCCAUAUAUCCAACAUCAACGGCAGCUGUGUAAAUGAAACAAUGUUUGGUUCAACUACGAGCAAACUCGAAUGCACACUUGAGAACCUAGAAAAUCUGGACAUCAGUAUGUUUCAAGCACCUGAAGAUCUAUUAGAUGGCUGUCGGAUAUAUCUUUGUGGCUUUAGUGGCAGAAAGCUCGAUAAGUUGAGAAGGCUUAUUAACAGUGGAGGUGGAGUUCGGUUUAAUCAACUCAACGAAGAUGUUACUCAUGUAAUCAUGGGAGAUUAUGAGGAUGACGUGAGGCAGUUUUGGAGCAAAUCCUCCCACAGGCCUCAUGUAGUGGGAGCAAAGUGGUUGCUGGAGUGUUUUAGUAAAGGAUAUAUACUUCCUGAAGAGUCAUAUAUCCACGCUAACUACCAGCCAGAUGGAAUUCCAGUUUCAGAUCAGCCCAGAAACCAGACAACUGUCUUAGAAAAGAGUGGCACAUUCUCUAAGAAGGACUUUGUUCCUAAUGAGAAGCUUCAGCAGACUGAUGAGGAUCUGCUUGCUCAGUAUGUACAUGAUGACUCCACAAUAGUUGAAGCUAAGCUAUCUGAAGCAAUAGAGCCUGAAGUUGGGCCUUGCGGUGGUUCUGCUCAUGUUGAGCCCUGUGAUGAUUCCACUCACAUUUCUGUGCAAGAGGAAAACAAGUCGUCUGUCAGUCAUUGCCUCCUUGAUGGCUCUACAGUUCCUGAGGAAGGCUUAUUUAGCCAAAAGAGUUUCCUUGUUUUGGGUUUUAGUGUUGAAAAUGAAUGUAAUAUUGUAAACAUCAUAAGAGAGCAUGCUGGAAAGAUUGUGUCCCUUCCCAGCAGAAUUGUUGCUGACUAUGCUGUGGUUCCCCUGCUGGGAUGUGAAGUAGAAGCAACAGUGGCAGAAGUUGUUACAAACACAUGGCUGGUUACGUGCAUAGACAACCAGACAUUAGUUGAUCCCAAGUCGAAUCCCCUCUUCACGCCAGUCUCAGUAAUGUCAGGAAUGACUCCUUUAGAGGACUGUGUGAUUUCCUUCAGUCAAUGUGUGGGAGCAGAAAGAGAUUCCUUGGUAUUCUUAGCAAAUCAUCUUGGAGCAAGUGUUCAAGAAUUCUUUGUCCGCAAAUCCAAUGCAAAGAAAGGCAUGCUCGCCAGUACACAUCUUAUAGUGAAAGAACCGACUGGUUCUAAAUAUGAAGCUGCAAAGAAAUGGAGUUUGCCAGCAGUUAAUAUUUCGUGGCUCUUAGAAACUGCUAGAAUGGGGAAGAGAGCAGAUGAAAACCAUUUUCUGGUUGACAGUGCACCUAAACAAGAACAAGUAUUAGAAACUAACAUACCAAAUGGAGUGGGUCCAAAUCCAGAUUCUCCAGCACAUCCUGAUGCACACUUGGAAAUUCACAGACAAAAGGCCGUUACACCUUUGGACAUGAACCGCUUUCAGAGUAAAGCUUUCCAUGCUGUCCUCUCACAGCACAACAGGCAGGGCUUGGCCUCCCCACCAGGGAGACAGCCACCUAAGAAGGAACCCUCCUUCCACCUGGACACACCCUCAAAGUUCCUGUCCAAGGACAAGCUUUUCAAGCCAUCCUUUGAUGUGACGGAUGCACUUGCAGCCUUAGAAACCCCAAAUGCUGCCAGCCAGAAGCGGAAACUGAGCUCACCACUCUCUGAAGUCAUCGUCAGAAACCUGACAACUGCUUUGGCAAAUAGUUCACGAAACACCGGCUGUCUUUCUGCUAGCCCUCAGCUAAAGGGUGCCCAUUUGGAGAAGGAAGAGACCAAACCGCUUGACAAAGUUGUGGUGUGCGUGAGUAAAAGGCUCAGUAAGAAGCAGAGUGAGCUAAAUGGGGUUGCAGCCUCACUGGGAGCAGAGUACAGGUGGAGUUUUGAUGAGACAGUUACUCAUUUCAUUUACCAGGGUCGGGCAAAUGAUAGUAAUCGGGAGUAUAAAUCUGCAAAGGAAAGAGGGGUGCACAUCGUGUCAGAGCAUUGGCUGUUAGAGUGUGCUCAAGAGUAUAAGCAUCUUCCAGAAUCUCUUUACCCACACACUUACAACCCCAAAAUGAGCUUGGACAUCAGCACAGUGCAGGACGGGCGGCUCUGUGACAGCCGCAUACCCUCGGCACUUUCUGCAUCUAAGGACGAUGAGCCAGAUCACCUGUCUGUAGAAGAAAACACAGCAGAGACUUUGGGCACACACAGCAGAGAGUCCGCCCUGCUGAAUGGGAAUGGAAGGGAUGACUGCAAAGGAGCUCUGACCCAGGCCUUGGAGAUGAGAGAGAACUUCCAGAAACAACUACAAGAGAUCAUGUCAGCAACCUCCAUCGUGAAGACACCAGCCCAGAAGACUUGCAUGUCAAGAAGUAGUUGUAACAGUGCCUCUUCAACUCCUGACAGCACUCGCUCUGCUCGGAGUGGACGAAGCCGAGUCUUGGAGGCGCUCAGGCAGUCUCGACAGAUAGUGCCUGAUAUCAACACAGAGCCCUCCCAGAAUGAACAGAUCAUUUGGGAUGACCCAACAGCAAGGGAGGAGAGAGCAAGGCUUGCCAGCAACCUACAGUGGCCUAGCUACCCAACACAGUAUUCCGAGCUUCAGGUUGAGAUAAAAAAACUGGAUGAUUCUCCUUCUCGAAAGCCUGUGUACCAUUCAGAAAUUGCUGGGCAGGCCUCGUGUGUGACUCAAGCCCCAGGGCAGCACCCAGGCUCUGAAGAACCAGAAGCUCCAGCAGCAGAAAGGAAUCUGAUCCCUGAGCCUCAAGCCCCCAGCGUGGCUUUCCCCCUGGCUAAGCCGCCUGUAGCUCCACAACCUGAGGACAAGAUUGAAACACUGGAGGAGACGCAUGGAAAAUUUAAAAAACAGUAUGUGUUCCAGAUGUCAUCUCUGAAUUCUCAAGAGCGGAUUGAUUACUGUCGCCUGAUUAAAGACCUAGGUGGGUCGGUGAUCGAGAAGCAGUGCUCAGACCCCAGCUGCACACACAUGGUUGUGGGGUACCCACUGCGCAAUGAGAAAUACUUAGCUUCCAUGGCAGCUGGCAAAUGGGUGCUUCAUCGCUCCUACCUGGACGCUUGCCGGACAGCUGGGCGCUUUGUGCAGGAAGAAGACUACGAGUGGGGAAGCAGCUCCAUCCUUGAUGCUCUCACCGACGUCACUGAGCACCAGCAGAAGCUCGCACUUGCAGCAAUGAGAUGGAGGAAAAGAAUCCAGCAGAGUCAGGAGUCGGGCAUUGUUGAGGGAGCAUUUAGUGGCUGGAAAGUUAUUUUGCGCGUUGAUCGGCCCCGAGAAGCAGGGUUUAAGCGCCUUCUUCAGGCAGGAGGAGCAAAGGUAUUGCCUGGUCAUCCAGAGCCUUUAUUUAAGGAUGCUACACAUCUCUUCUGUGAUUUCAAUAAACUGAAGCCUGAUGACUGCAGAGUUUUUAUCGCAGAGGCUACGGCCCAGAACAUGGUCUGCUUGAAAACAGAAUAUAUUGCUGAUUACCUCAUGAUGGAAUCCCCUCCUUGUGCUGAUAAUUAUCGAGUAUCAGAAACUGCUUUAUUCCAUAACAAGGAAGGUGGGCCUGGACUACCACAGAAGAGGAAAACUCCUGCAGAGAACAUCAUCAAACGGCCUCGGGUGCACUGAUUAUCAAAAGAAUGUUUUGAGUUUAGCGCGCUUGUCCAAAAUGCGUAAGACUGUGUCAAUGUCCAGCAGCACAAGAAAAUUUUCAGCUACAAGCUGAACAUUGCUGUCAUGCAUUUGUGUAGCAUUUUAAAGGCAUACAUGUGAUAAAAUGAUCUGUGAACUUGAUGCCUUUAGCCUGAAUGAAUCACUGGACGCUGACUGUUCCUAAUAAAAAGGAACUUAAUUAGCUUGCCAAGCCACACUGAGUACAUUAGGACUUUUCUUGUAAAUAUAUGAGGCUGUAGUCGUUUUAACAAGAUUUGUUUAAAAAAUGUCUUGGUUUAUAUAUUAGGGUUAUUUCCUGUUUUCCUGAUCUUUAUAUAUGUAUUCUUGCCAUUUAACCUCUUUUUAACAGCCUAAGCAGAGUUUAAUAAUGAAGCUGGGGCUUUAAGCUUAAAAUAUGUAUAUAUGUAAAUGUGUGUAUGUAUAAACUAUCAUUUGCCAAAUGUGGGCACCAAAACUUUAAGAAAAAAUAAAAAAUAGCAACUCAAACUA